UGAGGGGCCGGGCCGCCCGCCCGCGCCGCCCGACGGAGCCGCGCCCCGCGGGGCGGCCUGGGCCAAGCGCCUGGCGCGGAGACUGCGAGGUCUGUGGGGGACAAGACUCAUGGAAGAGAGCAACACCAGCAGAGAGCGGUACUUGCGAAGUGUUUUACGGGAGCUGGUCACGUACAUGGUUUUCCUCGUGGUCCUGUGUGUCUUGACUUAUGGGACAGUGAGUUCCAGUAUGUACUAUUAUACAAGGGUUAUGUCACAGCUCUUCCUGGAAACACCUGUGUCAAAAACAGAGAGAACUGAUUUCAAAACUUUGUCCACAAUGGAUGACUUCUGGAAGUUCACAGAAGGCCCUUUGCUGGAUGGUCUUUACUGGGAGAUGUGGUACAACAACAAAACCAUGGCAGAAAACAAAAGCUUCAUUUAUUAUGAGAACCUGCUCCUAGGGGUGCCUCGCAUUCGGCAGCUGAAAGUCAGGAAUGGUUCGUGCUCCAUACCUGAAGAUCUAAAGGAUGAAAUCAAAGACUGCUAUGAUGUCUAUUCUGUAGCAAAUGAAGACACUGCUCCUUUUGGACUCAGGAAUGGAACUGCCUGGACCUACACCAAUGAGAAGGAUUUGAAUGGGAGCAGCCACUGGGGCUUGAUUGCCACGUACAGUGGGGCUGGUUAUUACCAGGACCUCUCGAGGACCAGAGAAGUGACAGCCCUGCAGAUUGCCAGCCUGAAGAAGAACCUGUGGCUGGACAGAGGGACCAGAGCAGCCUUCAUUGAUUUCUCUGUGUACAAUGCAAACAUCAACCUAUUCUGUGUGGUCAGGUUGCUAGUGGAGUUUCCAGCCACUGGAGGCCUGGUUACAUCUUGGCAGUUUCAGCCUGUGAGGCUGAUUCAUUACAUCUCCACUUUUGAUUUUUUCCUGGCAGCCUGUGAAAUGUCCUUCUGUCUUUUUGUUCUGUAUUAUAUGGUGGAAGAGGUCUUAGAAAUUCGCAUUCAUCGACUGCGCUACUUCAGAAGUCUUUGGAAUUGCCUUGACAUCCUUAUCAUUGUGCUGUCUGUGGUAGCUAUAGGAAUUAGCAUCUAUAGGACAUCAACUGUUGAUAUGCUCUUGAAGAAGCUGCUGGAAGAUCAGAACUCAUUCCCCAAUUUCGAGCCCUUGGCAUAUUGGCAAAUGCAGUUCAACAACAUUGCUGCAGUCACAGUGUUUUUUGUCUGGAUUAAGCUUUUCAAAUUUGUUAACUUCAACAGAACGAUGAGCCAGUUAUCCACCACGAUGUCCCGCUGCGUCAAAGAUGUCAUCGGCUUUGCCAUUAUGUUUUUUAUUAUUUUCUUAGCAUAUGCCCAGUUGGCCUAUCUUGUCUUUGGCACUCAAAUUGAUGACUUCAGUACUUUCCAGGACAGCAUAUUUACUCAGUUCCGCAUCAUUUUGGGAGACUUCAACUUCACAGAGGUUGAAGAAGCUAAUCGAAUUUUGGGACCCAUUUAUUUCACUACAUUUGUGUUCUUUAUGUUCUUCAUUCUUUUGAACAUGUUUUUGGCCAUUAUCAAUGAUACCUACUCUGAAGUCAAAUCAGAUAUGGCACAACAGAAGGCAGAAAUGGAAUUGUCUGACCUUAUCAGGAAGGGCUACAACAAAGCCAUGAUCAAACUUAAACUGAAGAAAACUACUGUUGAUGACAUUUCAGAAAGUCUGAGACAAGGUGGAGGGAAGCUCAAUUUUGAUGAACUCCGGCAGGAUCUCAAAGGGAAGGGGCACACGGAUGCAGAAAUUGAAGCAAUAUUUACCAAAUAUGAUCAAGAUGGGGACCAGGAAUUGACAGAGCAUGAACAUCAGCAGAUGAGAGAUGACCUGGAGAAAGAGAGGGAGGAUCUGGACCUGGACAGGAGCUCUCUGCCACGUCCUCUGAGCAGCCGCAGCUUCCCCCGGAGCUUGGACGACUCUGAGGAGGAUGAGGAUGAGGACAGCGGGCACAGCUCCAGGAGGAGGGGCAGCAGCUCUAGUGGGGUUUCCUAUGAAGAGUUCCAAGUGCUGAUGAGGCGGGUGGAUCGCAUGGAGCAUUCCAUCGGCAGCAUCGUCUCCAAGAUCGAUGCUGUCAUCGUGAAGCUGGAAGCCAUGGAGAGGGCCAAGCUGAAAAGGAGAGAUGUCUUGGGAAGGCUGUUAGAUGGAGUGACAGAGGAUGAGAGGCUGGGCCGGGACAGCGAGGCGCACCGGGAGCAGAUGGAGCGGCUGGUGCGGGAGGAGCUGGAGCGCUGGGAGUCGGACGACACGGCCUCGCAGAUGAGCCACCGGCUGGGAACGCCCCUGGGGCUGGGCGGGCAGCCCCGCUCCAGGAGCUCCAGGCCGCCCUCCUCCCAGUCCGAUGGCCUGGAUGCAGCAGCAGCAAACGGGGGCAGCAACGUCCAUGGGUAGUUUGUAGGGGGGGAUUCCAGACGUUUCGGGUCUGGAUUGGAGAAGAUGAAGAACUGGACGCUGCACGUUUCGGUAUGAAGCAAGCAAAUGCCACUUUAUUGCUCUCUUCUAAGCCUAAUAUACAAUUUCUCUCCCCCUGCACGUGUCACACAACUUAUCAUCGGCAGAGGCCUUCUUGCACGAGGCAAACAUUUUUUUGUUAGACUUGUCUACUUUUCACGGGCUUCAGAGUUCCUUGGCAUGCCCCUAUCACCUUAAGCUUGUCUCACCCCUUGUUUUCUUGUUAGGCUGCAGCUGUUCUUCUUCUUAUCUCUUUUUCAAGGGCAAACCUACAGGCCUGGCUCAGGCUCAUAAAAGCAUUCAUAUCCCUUUCCUGGCUUGUUCAUUACAUAUCUGUAUCACUACAUUGUUCACUACAUGUCCGUUUUUCCCUCAAAACAUUCCCAUAAGUAUUCAGCCAGCAAAUCCCUCAGUGUGAUGGGAUCAUUCUGAUCUGACCACUGGGGACAUCUUUCACUGGUAGGGAAAAAAGUCAAUAUUCACUCCAGAAAUCAUUUUCAGGCCUUUGUAAGCCAUGUGUAAUGCCACCAGUGAGAGUGUCACCCUUAGAAACUGAAAUGCAGGAAACUGAAUGGAAAUCAGGUGGGACAAAAUCCACCAGGACAGAAAUCUGAUUCUGUAAAAAUGUCAUUGGGAGCACUUGCACGAGGGCAGCAAGCUUCAGACAAAAUAGUGUGCAGUGGCUGGUACACUAAAAGGCUAUUAAUUUUCUGUUUUGUUUUGGAAAGUGCAACUUUUAAAGGCAUUUAAAAGCAAAUUGUUAAAUAAUGUUGUAUCAGACUGUCUUAUUCAUUUUAACAGCUGUCAGAUAAAACAGCACUUUUUAAAAAAUUAUGAGUUUCUACUUGUCCUUCUGAGUUUUCUUGGUAUACUAUUGUUUUACUUAAUUUAAAAUAUUCUUUUUUUUUCCUGUUUUGAGAGGUACAUUUCUUUAAGCAGAUGAAAGUGCACUUAGUUUGUACAACUGUAAAUUACAUCAUUCUCUGGUAGAAACUGAAUGCAUUAAAAUCAUCA